CCAAAGCACAAGACGAGAAUACUAAGAAGCAGAAGCCACUCUUAUGAACCCACGAGUGCCUCUCUCUCUCUCUUCAUGACGCGUUUCCAUGGCGGCUAUUGUAGCUUUAACUUGUUCACAUAUAUCUAAUCUGAUCUCUAAAUUUCAUUUCUUUUCAUUCUAUUCUCUGAACAGACACCAACCCAUGUUCUCUCACCUCUUAUUCUUCUUCCUCUUCUUCUUUGCCUUUUCUUUGUCCUGCGUUCUUUCUCUCUUCUUUCUCUAUAAAAAUUUCAGCAGGCCAAAGCGAGAGGAACAGAACCACAAUGCUGGCACUUUGGCUAUAAACCGUUCUUUGUCCAAAUUAAUUGAUGAAACUCGCAAAACCCGUGAAAAUGACUCGAUCCCUUUGUCUCGUUCGCUUCUUCUCGAUAUCUUGCCGUCUGAUUCUACCAAAUGGGCUGCUCUGUUUGGAAAUUAUCAGGAUAAAACGAGUUCGGGUCAUGGUGAUGAGAGAGACGGGUCAGUAGGUGAUUCCCAGAAAGUGAAAAAGAAGAAGAAGAGAGCGAAGAAGAAGAAAAUGGAUUCCAAGAGUGAAGAAAAUGGGGGUUCGGGUUCCGACUCGGGGUCGGGGCAGGUCAAGCCGGAGUUAGUUUGCUUAUAUCCUUUUACCUCAACGAGUAGCGCCACGCAAAGGAAGAUCAAGCAGCAGUAUGAUCAGCUUGUUAAGUGCAAUGAAAGCAAAGGAUUGACAUUGGCUCAGGUUGGAGAAUUUGCUAAUUGCUUGAUUGAAGCCAAAAAUGAUUUGCAGCACAAGUCUGAGGUGAUCAAACGGAAGUUCACAAUAACAAAGGCUCUUCUAUUCAAGGCAGACAGGUCUUCAAUUGAUCGCCUUCGUCAACAGAUUUACAAGCUGGAGCUUGAACAGAAGAGAUUAGAAGAGGACAAGUUUGUUUAUAAUUGGCUUCAACAACAACUUAAACUAUCACCAGCAUACAAAAAGAUGCUUGAAAUCAGUGCCUGCUUGGAGUUGAAAGCCAAGUCCGGUGAGCUGAUUGAGAACAAAGAUACUGAAGUUGCUGAUAUUUCCUUUGAAGAGCUAUUAGCACAAGAAAAGAAGGAUGCAUUUUGGCAGAAAAAUGGCAAGUCAAGGUUAUACUCAAGCCAAGAAUAAUGCCUGUUUGGUAAACUGUAUUGAAGGAUGGACCCUUUUGUAGUAUAUGUGAUAACCAACAGUCGCAGGAAAUUUUUUGACUGCCUGUGCUUCUUUGGGGUCUUCUUGUUGAAGAGAAUUGUAGCCAUUGUGCAUUGAAUCUUUCUCUCUCAUCGCUUCCCCUAGGUUUUUCCAUUGGAAGGUAGUUAGUCCUCAAUAUGCAUGAUCAAGAGUAAUCUUUGCAUUUGGCCUUUUGCUGAAAUUCCAACAUCACAGUAUGAUUCCUGAAUAGUUCCUUUUUUUUUAAUAUCUACUCUUGAAUAGUUUGCUUUCAAAA